ACUAUGUCCACCGUUUCUCCGCGUCAAAGUCCUUGUUCCUGUUCUCCCCGUGGCAUCCCCUCCGCCGGGCUGCCAUCUUCCUAUCCACCAAUCAGUUCUUCGACUACCUCGUCAUGGCAACAAUCCUUCUAAACUGCGUCUUCCUAGCCAUGACCGAAACAGUAGAUGAGGCUGAGUAUAUGUUCUUGGCGAUCUACUCGGCGGAGAUGAUGAUCAAGACAGUGGCCAAGGGCUUCAUCCUGAACAAGUACACAUACCUACGCAACCCGUGGAAUUGGCUGGACUUCGUGGUGAUUGUGUCCGGCUACGUCACCACCGUCAUAGAGCUGGGCGAUAUGGACGUCCAGCUGGGGAAUCUCGCGGGACUUCGGACCUUCCGUGUCCUGAGGGCGCUCAAGACGGUGUCUAUCAUGCCUGGUCUCAAAACCAUCAUCAACGCCCUCCUGAACAGCAUCAAACAGCUCGUCGAGGUCAUGACCCUGACGGUGUUCUGCCUGAUGGUGUUCGCCCUGUUCGCCCUGCAAGUGUACAUGGGGAUCCUGAAGAACAAGUGUGUCAAGAAUCCGACGACCAACCUUACCAAUGAGGAGUGGAGUGUGUGGGUGGCUGAGCCCGCGAAUUGGUACAAGGAAAACGGAACUGACCAUCCUAACUUCGGCGAGCCCAUUCUCUGUGGAAAUGCGACCGGCGCGAGGGUCUGUCCAAAGGGCUGGAGCUGCCUGCCCGACGUGGGGGACAAUCCCAACUUCGGCUACACCAGCUUCGACAACUUCCUCUGGUCGAUGCUGACCACUUUUCAGCUCAUCACGCUGGAUUUUUGGGAGGACGUGUAUAAUAAGGUGAUCGCUACCCAGGGUCCUCUCCAAGUCGGCUUCUUCGCCAUCGUCGUCUUCUUUGGCUCCUUCUACCUCAUCAACCUGAUGCUCGCCGUCGUGGCCAUGAGUUAUGAGGAGGAGGCGGAGAACACGGAGGAGGAGAAGACCAAGGACCUGAUGGACCACCGCGACGACUCCACCUUCAGCUUCGACCCCGAGAAGCUGACGCACGCGAAGCCGCUGGAGAAGAAGAAGCCGAAGAACCGGCGCGUGAUCGUGAUGCGGCGCGGGGCCGGCAUCCUCACCGACGCCUUCGCCAACAAGAAGAAGAAGAAGCGCGAGAAGGAAGGGAAGGGCCGGGGGAGUCCCUCGUCCGAAGACACCCCCAAGCAGCCGGACGCGCCCCCGACCACGCCGCGGCUGGGGGGGUCUCACCUGGGGUGCGAGGGCAGCCAGCCGCUCUCUCGGCCCGCGUCGCUCGUCAUCACGCCCCCGCCCUCCGCCACGCCCGCAGCGCCCUCCCCGCACCCGGCCUCGCCGCAGCCCUGCCAGGGGGACGGCCACCGGGGCCCCCCUGCCCCCGAGGGGGACGGGGUGCCCCCCGGGGGCGGGGAGGGGGCGCCUCGCACCGGGGCCUCCUCCUCCUGCGACCCAUGUACUGCAGCUUCCACCCGCUGUUGCACCUGCCACUGCCACACCAGGCAGCACGCAGGGGGCGCCGCGCCCCAGCAGGGGAUCGUGGCCCUGCGGGGGGGCUGCGAGGAGCCGCGGCCGCACCUGCGGCUGGGCUACAACGCCUCGCACCGCCAGCCGUCCCUCGACGACUCGGGGGUCGUCGGGGACCACGACGGCGCCGACAACAUCUCCAUCCACCACCUCCCGCACAUCGUCCAGGAACCCGUGGGCAAAGCCGAGACGACCCUCUAUGCCCGCCGAAAGUGCAAUGGCGUCAGCCCGUCCUCGCCAGCCGCCUUGUCAGCGUCAUCGCAACACAUCGUCGUCGUCGAAGACGAGCUCGUCGACCGCAACUGUGACAAAUGCCGAGAGUGUUGCGCAAACUACCGCACGUGGCUCAAAGUACAGAACGUCAUGCACGUGAUUGUUCAUGACGCCAUCUUCGACCUGUUCAUCAUGCUGUGCAUCAUCCUGAACACCAUCUUCCUCGCCAUUGAACAUCACGGCAUGUCGGUCGAGUUGAACAAGGUGUUGGAGGUCGGCAACAGGGUGUUCACCGCGGUGUUCACGCUGGAGUGCAUCAUGAAGAUCAUGGCGCUGAGCAAGGAGUCUUUCCGUGAACAGAUGGAACGUGUUCGACUUGGUGAUGUGCUGGCCUCGCUGCUCGACCUCGGCCUCGAGAUCGGCUCCGGCCUCCCGUCUCAGGGGCUGAGACUGCUGAGAGUGUUGAAGCUGGCGCAGUCGUGGCGGACGAUGAGGGUUCUGCUGAGCAUCAUCGUGUCCACGCUGGGCGCCCUGGGAAACCUCACCUUCGUCCUCAUCAUCAUCAUCUACAUCUUCGCCGUCAUCGGGAUGCAGCUCUUCGGCAAGAACUACAACGCCGAGAACUUUCCUGACGAAGUGCCCAGGUGGAACUUCAAGGACUUCUUCCACUCGUUCAUGAUGAUCUUCCGCAUCCUGUGUGGAGAGUGGGUGGAGCCGCUGUGGGACUGCAUGAGGGCGGAGAAAGCACAGGGCUCGGAGACCUGCCUGGCCAUCUUCCUGCCGGCGCUGGUGAUGGGCAACUUCAUGGUCCUGAAUCUCUUCCUCGCUCUCCUGCUCAACUCGUUCAACUCGGAGGAGCUCAAGUCCCGCCAGGACGACAUGGAGGAUGAGUCCCGCGUCCUGCAGCUGUUCAUCAGGAUUCGGGUGAUUGUGGACGAGGACGCUAUGCCGGACAGGGGCGUGGUCAAGCAGGCCAUCAGCGAGCCCGAGAUCAGGACGCGGUGUGACGAGGAGCUGACCUCGAAUGACCCUCACCUGAUGGGCUACAAGAGAAUGACUGUUGCAGUUAUAUAUCUUCGUUAUACCUUCGAGGAAUGUGUACUUAGAGCUUUCUCCUUAAUGAUACCACUAAUUCAUCUGUGCAGUAAGCUUGGGACCAGCCUCAGGUCCGUCUUGGAAUAUGGACUGUGUCAGCUGCUAAGUGAGGAGGACCGGACUGAGAUCAUCGAACUCCUCGACUUCCGCUCAGACCAGCCGCAGUUCGCGCGCUGCGGCGGCCGCGCGCCCCAGCACCGCAACCACGAAAACGACCUCCGCGACUUCUCUUCGCGAGACGCCUCCCAGGAACGCCGAUAUGACGACCACCGCUCGGAAGACCGCCGGCAGGAGGAACGCAGAUCCGAGGAACGGCGCCCCGAGGACCGAAGGGGCGAGGAUCGGCGGCCCGAAGAGCGGCGGGCUGACGAGCGCCGUCUCGAAGAUCGCCGACCCGACGAUCGGAGAGCGGAUGAGCGCCGCCUGGACGACCGUCGGUCCAUGGAGCGUCGCGGCGAUGACCGCCGGCCCGACGAUCGCCGACUCGAAGACCGACGAAGCGAUGACCGUCGCCAUGACGACCGGCGAACCGACGAUCGCCGGCAUGAAGACCGCCGAACAGACGAUCGUCGUCUGGAGGAUCGGCGGACCGACGAUCGGCGAACCGACGAUCGGCGAACCGACGAUCGGCGGUCUGAGGAACGUCGCGUGGAUGAGCGGCGCCUCGAGAAUCGGCAUUCCGAAGAGCGUCGUUCCGAGGAACGGCGUCCCGAUGCGCUCCGGCUCGACGACCGACGGUCCGAGGAACGCCGCUUCGAGAACAGACGCUUCGACGACCGGCGUUUCGACGACCGCCGCGCCGACGACCGCCGCUCGGAAGAGCACCGCUUCGAGGACCGCCGCUUCAACGAGCAACACUUCGACAACCGGCGGACGGAGCAGCGGCGCUCCGAGGAGUACUCGAACGACUUCCGGCCUCCGUACCGCCAGAGGGAGUAUUUGCAGCGGUACCGGUCGGCGCGCGACUACCGCCAGGAGUACCGGCACUCGGGCGACUUCCAGAUGCGUGAUUUCUCCUCGGACAGACUCUCGGAGGAGUUCCUGCAGGACUUCCGCCAUGCCGAGGAGUACCGGCCCAGGGAGUACCCCCUCGACUCCCACUCCAUCGAGUACAGGCCUCGCACGUACACGGACGACUACCACCGCUCAGUAGACUACACCUCCAUGCAGGACUAUCCGCUCGAGCGCCGGAUACGAGACUACCUGCGCGAGUUCGGCUCGGGGGACUUUCGUCUGAGGGACUACCAGAACGACUUCCGGUCGCGGGACUACUCCUCGGAGUACACCCGCCUCUACCGGACGGGGGACUACCCGUCGCGGGACUUCCACUCGGACUACAGCGCCACCGACUACCACAGCAGGGACUACCCCCUGGAGCGGCGCCUGCGGCUGUUCUCGUCGCACGGCCGGUCGUCGCUCGAGCUGCUCCACGACCGCCACUCCGAGUACCACCAGCUCCGCUCCGACUUCCGCCCCGACGACUACUCCCGCGUGUACCCGCACAUGUACCGUUCCCGCCGCUACCGCUCCGACGACUACCACGGCCGGGAGUCGCCGCAGGACUUCCGCUCCAGAGAAUUCACGGACGAGUACCGGCCGAGGCUGUCCCCGGUGGACUUCAGCAGGCGGGACUACUCGCCGGACUACCUGCCCAGAGACUAUUCCAGGGACCUGUGCACGUCACACGGCUACUCCAACGAGUUCCGAACCAGAGAAUACUCGGAUGAUUACCCUUAUAGAGAAUACCCUCGAGAUUACCACCCUAGAGUGUACCCCCGUGAGUCCCCCCCAAGGGACUACCCCCACGACUCCCCACCCAGAGACUACCACCGCGACUCCCCCCUUUCAGAAUACCCCCAUGAAUCCCCAGGGAGGGACUACCCCCGGGACUACUCCAACGGAUUCCCCCACGAGCACGACUACCGCCAGCUGCCCUUCCCGGAGACUAACCUGUCCGAGGCUACCAAUUAUAACGAGGACAGCGUGUCGGAGGUCAACCUGUCCGACGGCAACAUUCCCAAGAUGAAACUCGAUGAGUGGAUAUUGAGUCUUCCAAAAUUUGUUAUGACAUACCAGAAUGGUACUUUCAACCUUUUUGAUUAUGUGAUUGGCUUUCUAAUUGAUAUAUUAAUUCUUGCAAGUCUAUACACUUUAAGGAAUGUGCCUUUAUUACACAUUAACAUCCUAUAUAGCAUGGAAAUUUCUAGCAUGUUGUUUACUAAUAUGUCAUACCACCCAUGCUUACCUCCUCAGAUCAGCUUCCAAGACAUGCAUCGGUCGAGCUCAAAGGAUAUUGACGCUUUACAUGACGAGGUCUUCGAUGACCCUCAGAGCAAAGACACAGAGCAGGAAGAGCCACUGGGUAAUGGCGGCCCGAAAGCCAAGCAUUGGCAGGCGGUGAAAAAGGACAUGCCCAUGUUAAACAAGACACAGAGUUGGAGUGCUGUGGCCAGCUAUGUGGGCACCAUCACUACAGGCGAGAAAGACGAUGACGACCCAAGGUUCAGAAAGGCCGAGAUCGUGUGCAAGGAGCCUCCCGACUGCUUCCCUAAAAAAAUCUUCAACAAGUGUCGCUGCUGCUUUCUCUGCACACAAACCAAUUUCUACAGAAAGUGGUACAAAAUACGCCAGGCCUGUCUCCAUGUUGUGGACAGCCCAUACUUUGAGUGGUUCAUCCUCAUCAUGAUUUUCGCCUCUUCUGUCACUCUAUGUUUUGAGGAUGUCCACUUAGAUUCCAAAAAAGAGCUUAAGGAGGUACUCUCCUACCUGAACCUCGCCUUCGCCGUUCUCUUCACCCUGGAGAUGGUGAUCAAGUGGGUUGCCUUUGGUUUCGUCAAGUACUUCACCUCUGUCUGGACACUCCUAGACUGCUUCAUUGUCAUGGUGUCACUCUGCAGUCUCUUUGUGGAGCAAGAUAACCUCAUUGCUCUUAGGAGUCUUCGGACACUACGAGCACUGAGGCCCCUUCGGGCUAUCUCACGUUGGGAGGGGAUGAAGGUAAGCAGACAGAAUUGUGUGAAUGCACUUAUGUAUGCCAUCCCGUCCAUCUUCAAUGUGUUGCUUGUGUGCCUCGUCUUCUGGCUUAUUUUCUCCAUCAUGGGCGUGCAGAUGUUUGGGGGGAAGUUUUACAAGUGUAUUGAUCCUGUUGAUAGAAAAAUCCUCCCAGUUAAGAUUGUAAACAAUCGAAGUGAUUGUGAAAGGCUAAACUACAACUGGACCAAUAGCAAAAUAAAUUUUGAUCAUGUGGGUUAUGCCUAUUUAGCCCUGUUUCAAGUGGCAACCUUUGAGGGCUGGAUGGAGGUUAUGGCGGAUGCAGUUGAUUGCCGUGGACUUGACAUGCAGCCAGAGAGAGAAGCCAACAUUUAUGCCUACAUUUACUUUGUGAUCUUCAUUGUGUGCGGUUCCUUCUUCACACUCAACCUCUUCAUUGGUGUGAUCAUCGACAAUUUCAAUGCGCUGAAGAAGAAGUAUGAGGGCGGAGUGUUGGAGAUGUUCUUAACGGACUCACAGAAGAAUUACUACACGGCAAUGAAGAAACUUGGCCGCAAAAAGCCGCAGAAAGUCAUCAGAAGGCCAAAGCAUCCAUACCAUGCCAUCUUCUAUGAUAUUGCUGUGUCUAGAAGAUUUGAGAUCUCCAUUUUUGUGCUGAUCUUCUUAAACAUGGUGACAAUGGCCAUUGAGCACUACAACCAGUCUCGGACAGUCGACUUCAUACUUGAUGUCUUCAAUGCACUCUUUACAACAAUCUUUGGAUUAGAAGCCAUAGUCAAGAUCAUUGGUCUGCGCCAUCACUACUUCACGGUACCUUGGAACCUGUUUGACUUUAUCCUGGUGUUUGCCUCCAUCAUGGGCAUACUCCUCCAUGAUGUCCUCACUGACUUCCCCAUCAGCCCAACACUUCUCAGGGUAGUCCGCGUCUUCAGGAUCGGACGCAUUCUACGUCUUAUCAAGGCUGCAAAGGGGAUAAGGAAGUUGCUGUUUGCCCUAAUAGUGUCGCUACCGGCACUGUUCAAUAUCGGUGCAUUGCUAUUUCUCAUCACCUUCAUCUACGCAAUCAUCGGAAUGGCGGUGUUUGGUCACGUGCAGCGGAAGGGUGCUUUAGAUGAUCUGGUCAACUUUGAGACUUUCGGCAGCAGUAUGAUGCUUCUCUUCAGACUGAUCACUUCUGCUGGCUGGAAUGACGUCCUGGACCCUCUCAUGGCUCAACCUCCGGACUGCGACGUCACUUAUAUGAACCAGCCCAAUGGCAACUGUGGCCACCCUGUGAUCGCCAUUGUCUUCUUUGUGUCGUUCAUCAUCAUCAAUUUUAUGAUUGUGAUUAACAUGUACAUUGCUGUUAUUUUGGAAAACUUUAACCAAGCACAUAAGGAGGAGGAGAUUGGCAUUGUGGAAGAUGACUUGGAGAUGUUUUAUGUUAGAUGGUCCAAGUAUGACCCACAUGCUACACAGUUCAUCAAUUUUUCACAACUCUCCGACUUCAUCUCCAGCCUUGAUGCUCCGUUUGGCAUCCCUAAGCCAAACACUGUUGCCCUUGUGUCCUUUGACCUGCCUAUAGCCAAAGGGGACAAAAUCCACUGCCUGGACAUCCUCCACGCCCUCACCAAGCAUGUGCUGGGGCAUGUAGAGGAGACUGAGGAGUUCAAGAGACUCAAGAUGCAGAUGGAAGAGAAGUUCAAGAAGCAGUUCCCAACUCGCAAGGAGCUUGAGAUCGUAUCCUCCACGCGUCGCUGGAAGAAGAUGGACUCAGCUGCCAAGACCAUCCAGAUGGCCUGGCGGGCCUUCCUCAAGCAUCGGCGAGAGUUGGAAAAGAAGAAUUUACUCCUAGAGGAGGCACAAACACAAACUUCCUCUCCGGGAGGGUCGUCUAUACGCUCUGGUUUCAAGAGGGUAUCAACCCUAUUAGCGGCGGUACCAAUGCCCAUGAGUAUGCCUCGCCGAAGGUCUGUCACCGUCCUCCAGGUGGAUGGAGAAAGAUCUAGGCCUAGCUCACGCCGUGCUUCCCGCUCUUCUGUGAACGAUACGUCUCCCCGUGGGUCUCUCUUCUUCUUCCCCAUCUCACGCCGCGCCUCCAGAGCCUCCACUUCCGCCAACUCUCAGGAGCAUCAUAUCCAUCACUCGUGUCUGUGCAGAUACACCGUGUUGCUGAUCGGGAGUCUCCCCACGCCACCCAAGGGUCCACAGAAGCCCUGA